UGCAAAAGCGCUCUCCCAUGUUGAGUAGCGGAGAGGACUCGCCACAGCCAAAGAGCGCUCUGCUGUCAGAGCGAAAGUGUCAGAGUUGCGGGAGCUCAGAAAGUGCAUGUGGCUGCGUUCGUCAGUGGUCAGCGCCGCGUACAAGAGGAGUAGGAGCUGGAGAAACAUUUCAGAAUCCAGUCGAGGUGACCUAUAGAAAAACUACGCUCAGGAAAACAGGAGGCUAUUGUCAGGAAAGGUGCAACGAAAUAUUUAAAUAGACUUGUGAGCAAUGCACUGGCAGCAUGGCCAGAUGGUUCAGGGAACACCUAGGAUUCAAAACUACCAAAGCACCACCUCCGGCGCCCCCGAAACCAGACUACAGACAUUGUCACGCCGCUGUGACCGGUACGCCUGGCUACCAACAACCAAGCUCCGGGGCCACAUCUCUCUAUCCAAGCCCUGCACAGCCGGACAUUCUUGCUGCUUACAAACUCCAAAAGGAACUGGACUUCGAAGAUCCGUACACGGGAGGAGGAAAUAUUUCGUUUGGAACUGGUUUGGGCUCUGGGGGGUCGCCGGACAUAAAGUAUGUGUCACCAAAGCACCGGCUUAUAAAGGUGGAAACAAUCGAGAAAAGCAACUCUGCUCCGGGCAGCGGUAUUGUAGCCCAAGCUGUUGCUGUUGGGAACGUUAAAUCUCCCACGUCACCGCCUCCUGAAAAUGAGAAUAAAGAAAAGCUCAUUAUCCUUGAUGACUAUGCAGACCCGUUUGAUGCGGAGCAGGACGGGGGGACCCAGGCUACCACGGAGAAGGUGACCCAGACCAGCACAGAGAACGAUGGCUACAUGGAGCCCUAUGAGGCCCAGAAGAUGAUGGCAGAGAUCCGCGGUGGCCGGGGGCCUAAGGAGGGGUCACUGAGGUCGCUGCCCCUGUACGACACGCCCUACGAGCCAGCUGAGAACGGAGGGGAUUCAGACGGCGAGCGUCCCCGCUGUCCCAGAGAGAGUCGGCUGCCGCAGGACGACGAGAGGCCCCCGGAGGAGUACGACCAGCCCUGGGAGUGGAAGAAAGAGCGCAUCUCCAAGGCUUUCGCAGCUCUGCUCUGUUCUGACUGCAUUAGCUACAAGGGCUCUGUAAGUGGCAGUGGAUCAGACCCAGAGACAAGGAUGGACAACACCUCUAAAUCCCUCACAGUCCAGUUUGAAGGGGUGGAGAAGUCCAGAAUGUCGCCCACCAAGGAGGGAAAAGGAGGGCGUCCGCCUCGCAUCCACUCCAGUUGCUGUCUGGUCAACACCAAGAUGAGCUCUCUGGACCACUGCAGUGCUGCUCUGGGGGAACGCAUUGACCCCUCCAUGUCCCUGGAGAGCCAAUUCUGGUACCAUGGAGCGAUCAGCAGGACGGAUGCGGAGUCUCUGCUGAGGCUGUGUAAAGAGGCCAGCUACCUGGUGAGGAACAGUGAGACCAGCAAGAACGACUUCUCCCUCUCACUCAAGAGCAGCCAGGGCUUCAUGCACAUGAAGCUGUCGAGGACGAAGGAGAACAAGUACAUCCUGGGUCAGAACAGCUGUCCCUUCGACAGUGUCCCCGAGAUCAUCCACUUCUACUCCAGCCGCAAGCUGCCCAUCAAGGGGGCCGAGCACAUGUCCCUGCUCUACCCCGUGGCCAUCAGGACACUAUAGUGACACGUCCUUCCCCAAAGGUCACACAGGGGUCAGGGGUCAGAUGCCCUCUCCUGCCACCUCCCAUGGGAAACCCUGUCGCUCUGCCUAUCUCCUUCUGUCUGAUUGGUCUGAAGGACAGAGUUCAAGUUGGCGGAGGAGGCAGGGAUGAUGAUGAUGAUAACACAGCUCACCUGUCAUCACCCACCUGAUCCCAGACCAGCUAUUAACUUUUUGUUUGUAUUUGCGACAACAUUAUCAUUGCAUUAUUGACUGACACAUUAUCUGCUGACAAGCAUUGUUUCACGGAUCCCACAGCUGCUUCCUCAACAGUACCACUCUGUACCAAUCUCCUCCACACAAGACCUGUUCAUAUUGGAUUUGGCUCCAUGUUAUGCUGAAAGUGUUUAUUUAGUCAGGGGAAGCUAAAGAUUGUAAUGUCCUUCAUAAAGGAAGCAGGCAAGGCACAUUAAUGUAUUGGAGUUGGGUUAUAUAUGGGCACUCUACAGUGGCCGGCAAACUCAAUAAACCUGCCCUGUGUGAAUACUUUCCCCGUCAGUGCAGUUUAGUGUUUAAGUGCUGUACGGUCUACAGACUGACGUCUCUGUCUAUUCCUGGGACUGUAAUUUCUGAUAUCCUUCACCACGGGUGUCCCAUUGGUAGGACAGUGUAAGUACAGCUCUGGUUUGACAGUCAGCAGACUGAUAGAUGGAUCACUAUGUUACACAGCAGUAGCACCAUUGGCUAAAUGAGCCAGAGAUGGGCGCCUAGUAUCAAAAUGGGCUAAAUUACCUUCCCAAUCCCCCAUCGUAGAAUAUCUUUGCAUGGGUAGAAUGGAAUAUGCCUGCAUUGUCUACCUCAGAAAAUCAAAUUCAUUUGUGAAUCUGCAGAUCAAUAGGUACAAUGGGAUUGCAGAUAUUGAUCCAACCCCCACCAUGCGACUCCGAUUCCCAACAAAUUGCAUCUAUGGUUUAAGAAUACGUUUUUGCAUAAACCAGUCAAUCAGAUAAUGUUUUUGGGUUCUUUUUUUAAAACUACAUUUUACAGAUCAGCAUUUGUAUGUAUAGUCACUAUGAAAUUGUGUGAUGUCAGUAACAAAUGUUUGGUUAAUGCCUUAUAAUGCAUGGGUUGAAUCAGUCGGAUUAGAUCUGCUGAUUUCUAGAGUUCUGCUUCUUUCAACGAUUGUUCUGUGACUGUAAUUUAUUCUGGGGUAAUUCUUCUUAUUACAGAUGUGUUACUCCUCUCUGUGAAGGCCUGCCUCGUGGCAUCCGGCCCUCACUAUUCUCUGCCAUGUGAUCGUGUUUGCGCAGAGCUUGAAUACCCCGGGCCUGGCCUCAUAUACUGUGGUGCUUCGCUUUGUGUUUUAGUCAGUUCUGCUUCAUGUGUCCAACUGCCUCUGUGGCCUGACUCUGACUCUGAGACACUGAUGAGUAAUGGUGUCUCGUGACCAAUGGGAUUGUCAAGCCUCACAUAAAGACUGUCUGUAAAAGCCCCAUGGACCAAUCGGAGGACUCCAUUUUCCUGGAUGAACUCAGACCUCCAGUCUGUCAUAAGCCAUCUAUUUGUUGGAAUUAUUUAAUACACACCUCAAAAUUG